AUGGACACACGGCUACUUUCUUCUCUAAUAUGGUUGCUUUUGUUGUUCCAGGCAACAGGCUUACAACUAAUUGAAGAUCCGACGCAACAUUCGUUCGGCCCAAGGUCGUUACAUCAUGAUCUCAAGCUAGAUAGCCAACACCCUCUCACAAUUCAACCUGACAGUCCUCCUUAUCGUUCACGGCUUCUCGAUUUGCAUCGCUCUCUCGUGGAGAUAUCAUCCACAACGGGACAAGAGGCCGAAGUAGGGACUUUCCUCUCACACUACCUGGAAAGUCACGGGUUCGAUGUAAAACAGCAGAGUCUCUCCGUGCGGGAGGACGCCCAGGCCUCCAUUAACAAGCCCAAGCGCUUCAACAUUCUCGCUCGUCCGUCUGCAGCUCAUAGUAGCACAACCUGGAACCCUCGCCUGCUCAUCACCUCGCAUAUUGAUGUGGUGCCACCUUACAUCCCAUACUCGAUUGAUGCUGACCCAUCAGACGUUACGGACGAGACGAUAAUUCGUGGGCGCGGCAGUGCUGAUGCCAAGGGUAGUGUGGCAUCACAGAUCAUCGCAGUCGAGGAGCUUGUCCACAGAAAGCUCAUCCGCCCGGAGGAUGUGAUGCUUUUGUACGUCGUCGGCGAGGAGGUGGAUGGCGCAGGGAUGAAGCGUUUCUCCGAGUCGUUGGAGGACCCAGGCAACCCGUUUCAUGGAUUCGAGUCGGUCAUUUUUGGAGAACCCACAGAAAACAAACUUGCAUGCGGCCACAAGGGCAUUAUAGCAUGCACCAUUACCGCCACCGGCAAGGCAGGACACUCUGGUUACCCUUGGUCGGGUGAAAGUGCCAACGAAAUGCUGAUGCGAGGUUUGGUGAGAAUACUUGAUGCCGACCUUGGGAGCAGCGACAAGUUUGGCAACACUACUAUCAACGUGGGUACCCUCGCUGGUGGUAUCGCAUUCAACGUGAUUCCAGAAUUUGCGCAGUCAAAUAUCUCAGCCCGGGUAGCAAUUGGUCCUCAAGACUCAGGCCACAUUGUUGUUCGCCACAAGAUAGAGAAAAUACUGGAAAAAGAGAAUGCAGACCAUCUCAGCCUCGAAUGUUUCCAAACAACUACAGUCAACUAUGGCACAGAUAUCCCAAACCUCAAGGGCAACCACACGAGAUAUCUCUAUGGACCAGGUAGCAUUUUGGUCGCACACUCCAAAGACGAACAGCUUACUGUGGGCGACCUCGAAACUGCUGUAAAGGCAUAUCAGAAAAUUAUUUUACACGAUUUGAGUAGUUGA